AAACUGCUCGAACGAACCCGUGCCAGGCGAGAAAAUCUCCAGAGGAAGAUGGCUGAGAGGCCCAUAGCAGCUCCGAGGUCUGUGACUCCUGCCAAGCGAGCCAGAGAGCCGCUUGCAGAAGCAAGUAACCAGCAGCCCCUGCCUGGGGGAGAAGAGAAAUCUUGUACAAAGCCAUCACCAUCCAAAAAACGCUGUUCUGACAACACUGAAGUAGAAGUUUCCAACUCGGAAAAUGAACAACCGGUUGAGUCAGCUUCUGCCAAACCUUGUUCUCCGAGUCCUGUGUCCCCUCAGGCGCAGCCACAGGCACCUGCUCUGGCCAGUGAUCCCCUGCCCGCCAACCGGGCAUCGCUAUUGGGCCUGCAAAGAGCACCGAACUCAAGACCAGAAGUGACUGCAGCCUCCUCUGUUAAAACGCGAAUGCAAAGGCUGGCAGCCCAGCGGCGCCACUGGGACAGUAACGAUGCGACAGAUGAUACCCCUGAAAGCUCCCUCAUCUCAGCAGUGCCAGCGGAGGACAAGGCUCCCUCCCCCACCAAACCAGCGGAAACCUCAGCAACUCCGGUUGGGAGAAGGGGCCGUCUGGCCAACCUUGCUGCAACUAUUUGCUCCUGGGAAGAUGAUGUCAGUCACUCAUCUGCAAAGCAGAACAGUGCCCAGGGACAGCCUGGUACCACUUGUUUAUCCAAAGCUUCCUCUGCAAGCGGAGCAUCUGCUCACAUCAAUAGCAGCAGUGUUACGCAGGAAGCUACAUGCGGCUCCCAGAGGGAUGGCAAUGCCCCUUUGAGCAAGGCCCUGGCCUCGAGAGCUGAGGGCACAUCCUUGACCAAGGUCGUAGUUUCCAGCCCUGCGAAAACUUCUUCCCCUGUGAAAUCUUCUAUAUCUGUCACCGAUGCUAAAAGCUGUAAGGUACAAAAGCCUGAGCGACUUCCAAAAACUCCUGUUAGUUCUCUGAAAACAGAGGCAUUGAAACCGACUGGGAAGUCAGCUGAAUCCCAGACAGUUCGGCCCAGGGAAGAAUUAAAUAGAGAAACUUGUCUGCAGUCUCAGACAAAAGACAAAUCUACAACACCAGGAGGAGCAGGAGUCAAGCCUUUCCUGGAGCGCUUUGGAGAGCGUUGUCUAGAACGCAGCAGAGAGAGUCCUGCCCAUAGCACGCCUCAUAGAAACCCUGUUAUCACUCCAAAUACAAAGGCCCUCCAGGAAAGAUUGUUAAAGCAAAAUACAUCUUCAUCUACUACCCACGCAGCACAGCGGCUCAAGCAGGAACGUGAAAAAGAACUAGAAUGUCUCCGUGGCCGAUUUGACAAGGGCAAUUUAUGGAGUGCAGAAAAAGGCAAAAACCCAAGAAGCAAACAACUAGAAACCAAACAGGAAAUUCACUGUCAGAACACUCCCCUCAAAAAACACCAAGUUGUUUCAGAUUCUCUGUCACAUCCAGUAGCAGAAAAGGAAGAGGGGGCAGAAAAUCAGACUCCAGCGAAACCUCCCAGAGCAGAACCCGCAGGUUUCACUGACUGUGAAAUGAUGAAGUCUAGCCCUUUGAAAAUAACAUUGUUUUUAGAAGAAGAAAGGUCUUUAAAAGUAACUUCGGACCCAAAGGUUGAGCAGCAAACAGAAGUGGUCCGUGAGAUGGAGAUGAGUGUGGACAAGGCGGAUGACAUCAACAGUUCACAAGUGAUUAAUGACAUCUUCAGUGACGUCCUACAGGAGGGUGAGCUGGAUGUGGCCAGGAGCCAGGAGGAGGCGGGCCAGGCGGAAGCAGAGAGCAGUGAGGACCAGGAGGAUGCCCUGAAUAUCUCCUCCAUGUCUUUGCUUGCUCCGCUAGCACAGACAGUUGGUGUGGUGAGUCCAGAGGGUUUAGUUUCCUCGCCUAGACUGGAGUUAAAGGACAGUGGCGCACGUGAUGAGAGUCCAAAACCAGGGAAAUUCCAGAGAACCCGUGUCCCGCGGGCUGAGUCUGGCGAUAGCAUUGGCUCUGAGGAUCGUGAUCUUCUUUACAGCAUUGAUGCGUACAGAUCUCAAAGAAUCAGAGAGACUGACCGCCCUUCGAUAAAGCAGAUUGUUCGGAAGGAAGACGUUACUUCCAAAUCAGAGGGGAAAAGGAAUGCUGAAGAAAAGAGUGUCUUUCCUCAUCAGGUUAAUGUCAAGCAGAAGAUGCAGGACCUCAACAAUGAAGUGAACCUGCAGCAGACAGUGAUCUACCAGGCCAGCCAGGCCCUGAGCUGCUGUGUGGACCAGGAGCACGGGAAGGGGUCCCUGGAGGAAGCCGAGGCCGAAAGGCUGCUGCUCAUCGCAACUGAGAAGAGAACACUUUUGAUUGAUGAGCUGAAUAAACUGAAGAGUGAAGGGCCUCAGAGGAAGGCUAAGGCUGGUCCCACAUCCCAGAGUGAAUUUGCCCCAUCCAAAGGGUCAGUCACUUUGUCAGAAAUCCGCUUGCCUCUCAAAGCAGAUUUUGUCUGCAGCACAGUUCAGAAACCAGAUGCAGCGAACUACUCUUUCCUGAUUCUGCUGAAAGCGGGAGCCGAGAAUAUGGCAGCCACACCCCUGGCAAGCAUGCCUAGCUCUCUGAAUGGCGACGCCCUGACAUUCCCCACUACGUACACUCUGGAAGAUGUGUCCAAUGACUUUGAAAUCAGUAUUGAAGUUUACAGCUUGGUACAAAAGAAAGAUCCCUCGGUGCCUGAUAAGAAGAAAAAGUCCUACAAAUCCAAGGCUAUUACUCCAAAGCGACUUCUCACAUCAAUAACCACUAAAAGCUCCCUUCAUUCUUCAGUCAUGGCCAGUCCCGGUGGUCUCGGCGCCGUGCGGACCAGCAACUUUACCCUUGUUGGCUCUCACACAUUGUCACUCUCUUCAGUAGGAAACACUAAGUUUGCUCUGGACAAGAUAAAUUAUGAUGUAAAAGAGCGAGAGCUACUGGGCUAUUUGUUCCAGGAAAAGGUUGCCAUUUUUUCUUUGCUUGAAACUAACGAGCUUAAAAAUCAGUCCCUAAUUUUUGGCCUGUACUUAUUUGUUUCACUAACACUCCAGUACCUUCUUGGUUAUUUUGAAUAAGUAAGGACAUUAUAUACAUGAUCCCUUCAGUCUCUUACAGUUGGGCAUCUUUACUUUGCUUUCUGUUUUUUUCUUGCAUGUUUGGUGUUGGCUUUUCUCCUACAUUCUUUUUUUACAUUUAAAUUCUUUCCAAUUCGGUAGUCAUGUCAAUGUUGAUUUUUCUGGGUACUAAAAUACCAAAUUAAAUUUAUUCAAAUUGUUUACUCCCCAUAUAUUGAAAGAGCUAUUGGUGAUAUUUUAAGUGGAAAACUUUUUUGGUCAUGGUUGGCUAAUAGGCAUAUUGCUGUGUAGAUGAUGCUGUUUAUAAUUUUUAAAUUAAAGUGCAUUUAACACUAAAAUUAUACUAAGUACAAUCAUAUAUUUUAGAUUUUAAAAAGGAUUUUUAAUAUCCUGUGAAGAUCAAUUGUAAGCAUUUUGUGGAUAUGUAAAAAUGCUAAUUUAUAAAAUGCUGGACAGUAUUAUUGUAUUGUUAAAACAAGAUUUACAGAUUAAUUGAACAUAAGAACUGGGCUUCUGUGAACUGUGUUCCUUACCCGCUCUUGUCUGUCAUGAAGCAAAUGUGUAUGUAAGAGAUAUCAUUGAUUUCUAAAAUAAAAGGGAUUUCAGUGACACACGUUAAAUGUUUGUUUUUGUCUGCCAUUUUAAUUCAAAAUGUCACAAAUUAAAGUAUUUCCAUUCUCUUAAUAAUUCUUUUGAGUUUAUCACUUAAAUAGGCACCCAUGUGAUUGAGUGCAAAAUCAUUUAAUUUAAUUGGUUGUGUCUGAUACUCUAAAGCCUCUUUCUGCUUCAAAUACAACACAAGUUUGAUGUUAAUUUGUCCCAAAUGUGCUUUUUUGAAUGCCAGGGGGAACCAAAUAUUUGUUCCAAUAGCUUGUAGUUGAUGUAAAAGAAUAUUUAAAAUGGUUAAGUUUAGAUGUUUUUUUAAGUUGGUGGGAAAAACUGGAAGGCCUUUUAUACUCAUAUAAUAAUUCUAUUUAACUUUGAGAGAGUAAGCAAGUGUCCCAUAUCUUCCCAGAUACUAUCAGUACAAGGGAGUGUUGGCCUAUUUUACUGGUACCUUGACCAAUAAAACACCAGUUAUCUCUGAGAUCCCUUCAGAAUGGAAUUACUUUUGAGGUUAAUCCAGACUGUUUGCUGUGCAGAUGUAGGACACUGUUAACAGGAGAUUGCCUUCUUAUUUGAGGUUUUAGAUACCUGAUGUAAAGUCUGGCACUGUGGAAUUUAAAUUAUGAGUCUCAGUGAGUUACAGACUCUCAAGUGCUUUCUUUUCUUUGAAUAGAGAAUCCAAAAUAGUUACAGGUUUUAAAAAAAAUAGUCAUAGGUCUUAGUAUAUGUUUAUGGAUAAAGGGAGGACAUCCCACAGCUCAUCUUCCGACUUAAAAAAACCUCUUAUAUAUUUCUACUUUCCAGGAAACAGAGACAUCAUCAAUUUAAAUAGCAUUAGAGCAAAAAUUAGCAUUGUAGAAUUUUGAGGUCGUAGGAAGAGUGGUUAGGCAUCUGGCGUGCACAAAGCUAUUCUGGUUUAUGCCUUUUGCCCUGGUAUAAUUAUUAACAGUAUCCCUUUCUCCCUCAGAAAUAUUCCAAUGCAUGAAAAUUACACAAUUGCCCUGGUUAUAGGUUACAGUUUACAGUUCUUAAUAAUCUUUAAGGGGCAGAUGCCUUAAAAGACCCUUUUGUUCAACAGAAAACAGAACAGGAUGGAUCAUACAUUUUCACACUUCUCCAAACCCAGCUUGAGUAGUAACAUUGACUCCCUAGUGAAUAUUCUCAAUUCACUUUAUCAGGACAAGCUUCUAACCAAGAAUAUCAUCUACUUUCAUAGCUGUAGAGUAAGGGGGAAUAUUUUCUUUCUAUCUUUCUGAGAUUCUUUUUACCAGCAGCGUUCUUUGGGUUAAACAAUGAAAUUCUACUGAUUAGCACUGAGAGCCAAAGGAUCUUAAAACUAACUGUGUGGGAAAAAACAAGGCAAGGGAAUUUAUAACAAGUACAGUAGUGAGGCGUGAUGUUUCGAUCCUACAUUAUGGAUCCCUUUUAAAUUCAGAAAUUUCGAGGAUUGUCUAAUGGAAUUAAUCCAUUGAAAUCUAUACUUUUUGGCCAAGAGAAGAUUAAAUUGUUGGAAACCUUACAGUAAAAAUUUAAAAUCUAGACUAAACGAAGAUUAUUCUAACUAGGAUAUUAGUCUUUUUCAUUGGACAGUAGGAAUGACAGACAAUAACAUCAUUCUUUCUUGACCCAGAAGUCGAGAUCACUUUAAAUAUAUGUAUGUUACUCCUUUUAUUCUACUGACUCAACCUGUCCAAUUGGAUUUCUUAUGUUGUAAUCUUAAAAAUCUUCUAAAAUUACUGCAUAUACUUAAGCAGCUUUUAUAAUUUAAGAUACUUUUGACAUGAUGCAUCUUCACUAAUGAGUAAUAUAUUGAAAAGAAUGAUAUAUUUAAAAAUAUUUAUGUGAA